CCCAUCCCCCUCUCCCCGCCCAGGCCCCUGCCAACUCAUUCCCAUCCAAACCCUCCCCACUCCCAUCUCUCAUGCCCCUUUCUACACAAGCUGCUGCCAAGUGUAGCCUGUGGAACCCUGCUCCAUUAUAGGAUGAGCUGGCCGUUUGCUUCUCUUCUGCUCUGCAUCCUGGCUUCCGGAUGCCGGGCCACAACUUCCUCCCAAGGGCUGCUGCCUCAGUUUCUCUCCCCUGGCUGCAAUCACUCCCAGGUUUCGUCAGUGGCAGAUUUUGCUCUCCAACAAAUUAACGCUGACCAAAAUGAGGGCUAUAUAUUAAGCCUAAACCAAGUCGCCAAUGUCCAUGAACAUCGCCAGGAAGCCGUAGGCUCUGUCUACUAUCUCACCAUGGCUGUGUUAGAAACUCAAUGUCAUGUACUCAGCAGGAAUCUAUGGAGAAUGUGUGAAACCAGACCCCUCCAUCAAUCGGUCUAUGGCAAGUGCAAAGCAGUAUUUCACCUUAGCAAGACAAGAAGAAUUCUACAUCUGCUAGCAUAUAACUGCACCCUCCGCCCUGUUUCUCAGAAGGAAAUUAACUUUAUGUGUCCUGACUGCCCAAUCCCCAUCUCAACGACGGACAGCUCUGCCCUUGCUGCGGCUACCGAAUCGCUUGCCAAAUUCAACGCAGAGAAUACGACGUCUAAAUAUUCUCUCGUCAAAAUCACCAAAGCGUCGACGCAGUGGGUGGUUGGUCCUAGCUACUUUGUGGAAUAUUUGAUUAGGAAGAUGCCAUGCAGCAGCUCCCCAUCAGAUUCUGGCGCGUGUUUGCUCCAUUCCAAGGAUACUGACCCCGUUGGUCUUUGUGUGGGUUCCAUGAUUCAAAGUGACAAGAAGUAUGUCUCAGUUUCCUGUACUUUCUUUGGAAAACAGGGUUCUGGUCCCAAGAAAGAAAGACCUGGAGCUGGCCACGUUCCUGGGCACCAGCACGAGCAUGGGCCUGGGCACCGGCACGAGCAUGGGCCCGGGCACCAGCACGAGCAUGGGCCCGGGCACCGGCACGAGCAUGGGCCCGGGCACCGGCACGAGCAUGGGCCCGGGCACCGGCACGAGCACCAGCAUGAGCACCGGAACAAAACCCACCCCAGGCCCCAUCCCAGACCUUCGCACGAGCACCCUCACGACCACCCGCACGGGCACCGGCCCGGGCACCGGCCCGAGCAUCAGCACGAGCACCGGAACAAAACCCACCCCAAGCCCCAUCCCAGGCCCCCGCACGGGCACUCACCCCAUCACCAUCACAUCUCCAGGAAGCCCCAGAAGCCGGUUGGAUCCAUUCAGAUUCUCCCCGCUUUGGAGAGCAAGCAAGGAGAGGCUUCCCAGCAAGUUCCGUUCCCGGUUCAGGUGACCUGGACGUACCAUCCCGAGGCAGGGCCCCAGGGCUUUCCCGAUGACCGUCCAGUCGUUCUACAGUUCCCGGAAGAGAGGGCAGAAGGCUGCCCAGGGACCCCCCAGAAUGGCAACCGCUUGAUUCUCCCCUCUUGAAGGGCCAACAAGACGCCUGGUGCUUUAGGCCAGAGAGUAACGAGGAGACAUCCCGCUUCAGCUAUGUUCUGGAGAAUAAAAUCCAUUUUCCCACUCUA